AUGUCUAGCUCUGUUGAUCAAUCUCAAGCACAAGCAAAAGCACCAGCUCCCCCUCCACCACCGCCUCCGCUGCCUCCCCCUCUCUCCAAGAAUAAACAAACCAAGACGUCCAAAUUAUUCUUAAAAACGAGGAGCGCACCACCCGGCUGGGCUUAUCAGUCGCCGAAUCCGCCUCGAUAUGUCGACUUUUUUGAGCCUCGAACCGGUCCCUACUUUUUGUACGGCACACUAAUGGACCCCAAAAUGCUUACGGAGAUCCUGGAAUUACACCACGAGCCGACAUUCCGACCCGCAAAUGUGGUCGGAUAUGCGUGUAAACUUUGGGGCCAGUAUCCUGCUGUAAUCGAUGGAGAAAUGGACGCUCCUGUUAGUGGUGUUGUAUACAACGUUGAAAGUGUUGAUCAUGCCAGCAAACUUGCUGCUUAUGAAACCAAGAAUUAUCAAACAAAGCCGUGCAUAAUCAACUACACGGAUGGGAAAGAACCCGAGACGGAUCAUGGUCAUCUAUUUAUGUUUGCAGGAAACCCAAGUGACCUUGAGCAUGGCGUAGCUCGUUCCAGCCGACGGCGUACCGAAAAAGAACGACUCCAAGACCUUAAGAAGAUCGAGAUAUACCACGACCUCGAGAACCAAAUACGCACACAGGCAGCCUCGGGAGAUUAUAACCUCGCGCUCUUUCAACUCACCACCCAAAUCCUUCACCUUAAUCCCGAGUACUACACGAUAUGGAAUAUCCGACGCCAAUGUCUGAUCUCUAGCGUGCUAGCUGGAUCGGCGGACAGACAAACAUCGAAUAGCCAAGACCAGGCUUCAGACGAGACCUCCUUGCAGUCCGAACUAAGCUUCACGAUGCCACUGUUGAUCAAGUUUCCCAAGUGUUACUGGAUCUGGAAAUUCCGAUGGUGGAUCUUAUUACAAGCGAUCCGUCGACUGUCGCUUCCCGCUGCAUGUGCGAUAUGGGAGGCCGAACUCGGUCUAACCUCCAAGAUGCUGGAGAGGGACCAACGCAACUUCCAUGCCUGGGGCUACAGGAGAUCGUUGGUGGACAAGCUUGAGAGUCCUGAGCUUCGCGGGAAGAGUCUAGCAGAAGAUGAAUUUGCCUAUACAACUAGGAUGAUUAAUCUUAAUUUGUCCAACUUUUCCGCCUGGCACAAUCGAAGUCAACUCAUUUUGCGAGUCCUCGCGGAGCGGGACGCCGACGACGCGACGCGAGCUGCCUUCCUCGUGAAGGAGCUUGACAUGGUGCGGGAGGGUCUGAACGUUGGUCCAGAAGAUCAGAGUUUGUGGUACUACCACCAAUUCCUGAUAUCGCAAAUCGUCGAUGACAGCAAUCGACAUACUAUUGCACCGGCUUUGACAAUAACUGAGAGGAUCACCUACCUGAAACAUGAGAUAGAAGAGAUCAAGGAGCUGCUGGAGGACUAUAGUGACAUCAAGUGGAUUUACCAGGCUCUACUAGAAUACACUUUACAAUUGCGGCGGCUGGAACAACAUUCGCCUCGGGAUGACAGUGAGGCUAGUUGCUCACGGGCAUGGGUGGAUAAGCUGGUGGCUCUCGACCCUAUGCGCAAGGGUAGGUGGGACGAGUUUGCUAGAGAUAGUAUAACGGACGACUUCAGUUCUACUUAA